GCCGCAGCAUCAGCACCAGCACCGGCGCGCUCCUGCCUCCGUAUGAGCAUGAAUGCCAUCGUCUACGCGGAACUGCUCGGACUCGGAUGAUUCACUUCGAUCCACGUCGCCGACCUUCUCUUGUGCUUCGCUCGGUCCAGUCACUGUGAUGGUCCGCGCUGUUUCUCCGGGGUCGGUUCCUCUUCAGCAUGGGAACUGCGGUGUCCAGAAGGAAGAAAAGUGACGCGAUAUCUUCGGUGGCAGCGAAAGUUCGAGCAGCAAGAGCUUUUGGGGAAUACGUGUCCCACACUCACCCUGAGAACCGCGACAGAGCUGAUCCUCUGCUGUCUGACACCUUCCCUGCUCAGGAGUCCGAGUCCCCAGACAUCAGCCGUUUGCACAACAACAAUCUGCCGACGCAGAGCCGCUGUUUGCCAGUGACUCCGGCCAGCCAGACAAGCCAGUCCACCCCCAGCAUUCAGGUGACGCCCCAGCCCCAGACCUCCGUCCUCCUGGGAAAACCAGCCUCAGGUCCCUCUAAGCGCCGAUUCUCAGUGGAGAGAAGCCUCUCCGCUGACAACCCGCCACGUUCCAGGGGCCCAGAGGGGUGUGUGUCCGUGAAGCCGUCCCGGGUGUAUACCAUCACCAGGGAAGGCGGGAUGACUGUCGGAGGCCGCAGCAGCGAGGAGAGUCUGGAGCUGGUGGUGCUGAAGGGCUCGAAGGAGCAGGCUCUCUGUCAGGACAUUAGCAGCAACCCAUCCACCCAACCAGCACGUGGUAGCCAUCACCGUAGUAGCCAUCGCCGCAGCAACCAUCAGCACUCCCUCCAGCACCAGGCAGGCGCUCGCUCAUCAUCCCAGCCACUGCAGAGCUCAGGGAGCACCAACAACAUCCGAGACUGGGGGAUGAAGAAGAGUGGAUCUCGGGAAGAGUACACCACGGACUGCGUGGCCUGCAUCCGGGCGCCAUGCCAAAGCCAGCGAUCCCUGGACCUGGAUACCUCAUCGCGGGACGGUGGGAAGCCUCGCAAGAAGCUGGAGCGCAUGUACAGUGAAGACAGGACGUCCACAGAGGACAAAGAAGACAAUCCUAAUAGCUGGUUUCCCAAAGAGAAUAUGUUCAGCUUUCAGACAGCAACGACCACCAUGCAGGCAAAUUUCCGCAAACAUCUCCGGAUGGUCGGCAGUCGCCGGGGAAAGGCUCAGACCUUCGCCGACCGCCGAGCCAAGAGUUUCAGCCGCUCGUGGAGUGACCCCACCCCUGUCAAGCCUGACUCACUGCAUGACUCCAGAGACAGUGCGGACCUGCAGAGCUCCUCAGGGACGCUGGAUGAAGGACUGGGCGAGUACGCAGACUGGGAGGAGGAGCGGGAGGUGGAGAGGCUGGCAUGUGAGGGAGACGACUUCAUCCCACCCAAGAUCAUGCUCAUUUCCUCCAAGGUGCCAAAGGCAGAAUAUUUGCCCAACAUCAUCCGCCGGGACGAUCCCUCCAUCAUUCCUAUUCUCUACGACCACGAGCACGCCACGUUCGACGACAUCCUGGAUGAGGUGGAGAAGAAGCUGGCUGCCUACAGAAAAGGCUGCAAAAUCUCCAACAUGCUGAUUUUCUGCCAGGGUGGACCGGGACAUCUGUACCUGCUCAAGAAUAAGGUUGCAACCUUCGCCAAAGUGGAAAAAGAGGAAGACAUGAUCCAGUUCUGGCGACGACUCAGCAGGUUAAUGAGCAAGCUCAACCCGCAGCCCAACCUCAUUCACAUCAUGGGUUGCUACGUGCUGGGAAGUGCCAACGGCGAGAAGCUGAUCCAGACUCUGAAGAGGCUCAUGAGACCCUCCUCUGUAGAGUUCAAGUCCCCUCUGGAGCUCUCUGCACAAGGCAAAGAAAUGAUUGAGAUGUACUUUGACUUCCGUCUCUUCCGCCUUUGGAAAAGCCGUCAGCACUCCAAGCUGCUGGACUACGAUGACCUCUUGUGAUGUACGAUCUCCAGCUGAGUGCUGUCAGCCAAGUCCAACAUCACUCGGAAGCUUCCUGCACCAGAAACAGGGUGUUCGGUUGAAGGACUUUCUCCCCAGCUCCGGGAGCGUCGACCGGCUCCGUGGCUCAAACGCCAUGUCAAGCGGCAGCGCGGUCUUUUUUUUCCAGUGGGGGGAAAAGUGUGGUAGACUCAGCCAGUGGUGUACCUUUUAUCCAUUUUCAUUCUCUAAUCAAAGAGAUGUGUGAUAAAAACGGUGUUCGCUUGCUAUAUUUAGAGGCUUGGCAGUGGAUGGACGUCGCAGUUCUGACCGUAGAAGGUUGAUUUUUUUCACCUGUAGCCAACCUGUCCGCUCUCCUGAGACACAGGUAUCAUCAGGUCAGGGAAGUCCAGCUUAUCUGUAAAUAAGUGCUUACUGGAGUCCAACAUCUUCUCUCCAUGUGGAUAUCGAAUAGUGACUUUGAAUAGAUAUUAGAGGUGUCUAUUUACCAAGUGAAGAUAUUUCCUACUGACUGUUGUAUUAACUCAGGUUGAAGCCAUCGUUUGAUAUUAAGAACCGUACUCGCGAUCACUUACUGUAGAUGAGAAAACCUUUCAAGGAGGUUUUUGUUCCAACAUCCUCAUGGCCUUCCGAGUCCGCCGUAGCAUGCUUCACGUCACCGCGUUUUAACACGGCAGCGCCAGCCUAUUUCUGCAGCUGUUGGUUGACCGUCCCCUUCCACUGGAUUUCUACUGACCAGUGUGUUUCGUUGGCAGCGUUGCAUGUUCGCGUUCAUAGCUGAGAUGCACCUCCGUCCUCAGACGUCAGACUAACCUUGUUUAAUAGCUUCGGACAUUUUCCUUUCAGGCUUGGUGGCUCACUUGGGAACUGCUCUCCUUCUCACAUACUGAAGUUGCUGUUAAAAUGGCUCCACUUGUUUAGAGAUUGAUAGUGUGGUGUGAAUUCCAAGCUAACACAGGUACCAUUGCUUCCUGCGAAACACAUCCAUCAACUGCUGUUAGAAAUACACCAGUCCAGGUGGCGCCGUGGUGAGCGUCAUCUUGAAGCAACAUUCAGACUUUUUACUGUAUCUGAUCCUAGCCAGGAUGCAACUAAGGUUUAGCUCAAGUACUAACUAAAUCAUGACAUUAUAAUGAUGAGAUGAUGCUGAAUAUACCUGUGGAAAGUGACUUAAACACCCGCUGUACUAACUCAUCCCACCCAGAUAUAGAAAAUAAUAUUGUGCGUGUCGACUGAAUGGAUGGAUGCAUCCGUGCCAGCAAUCCACAGUGAAUGUGAUCGUUCAGUGCUAUUCUGUGAGCUAUUUUCCAUUGAAUCUAUAGUUUGACAUUCAGGAUCAUCUUGGUUUCUGAGGGGUAGAUCAGACUUGUGUGUGUGUGUGUGUGUGUGUGUGGUAAUGGCUUUAAGGAUGUAUCUAAAUACUCUUCAAGUGUCCCGAGGGCACUGCUUUAUGCUUAGAUUGCUUUUUUUAUCAGGGGAAAUACUUGCUGUUUUGGAAUCGAGUCGGGUUAACCUUGUUAUCCACUCAUUUUUUUUUGAAAGAAGCAGCAUUUUUUAAAAUCAUUGACAUGAUGGAUUUAUAUAGCUCUAAUAGACGUGGUGAUACAGUCUUGUAUUGACUUGAUUCUUGACUUGUUCAAUGUGUUGUUCACCUUGUUUGCGAUGAUGACACGAGUAGCAUCACUAGAACAUCGUCGGUGGAAGCGCGUUUGUCACAAACUCAAACUUGAACUUCAUGACUUUUGUCGCACAUCUGCUUUGUCCGAAGCAGCAGCGGUGCCCAUUUCAAGAAUAUGUCUGAGUCGCCGCAGGAAUUUUUAGUCACACAUGAAGGAUAAGCCAUGUUUGUAUAUAUAAGCAGUUGGAGAUUAGAAACUAACACAGCGUGAGCCUAACAAUGUACGAGGAAAUCAGGUGUCAUAGUGCUAUUGAUAUUUCACAUUUUAGCUGUUGUUGUUUGUGUUAUCAGCGAUUGUUUCCGCUACAAAAAUAUAGACGUUGAGAAGUCAGGAUGGUUCAGUUCGUCCUGUGUUGCUCUUGAUGUCAAUUGAUUCCUCUACGAUUUCCACUUGCCUAAAACCUCUCCACUGUAUAAGACAAUAGCCAUAUGAUGUGAUUGAUAACAGUCAAUGUUUUUAUCUGUUCACCUCGCCUUGAUGUUUUAUUCAUGAUGUGUGUUGAAAUAUCCCCACAACUUCCGCAGCAAUAGGGAACGGUGCGAGGUGGCGAUCACAGCGAUUCUCUGCGCGCAUCAUUUAUCUUCUGCGCGGUCUGAGAACUGACUCCGGGUCCCAGGACCUCGGCCUCCUGCUUCGUGAUUUGAAUAAAAGCCACCUGCGCUCUGAAGCACCGCUGUUGUUGUUGGAGCAAUUCCCCCAUUGAUUUGCUGCUGCGCUGAUGCGCCAGCUUUAGUCGCGAGUGGAGUCACACUAGAAAUGGAUGCAGAUCUCAUUGAUUUGUAAUGAGGGGGGGAAUUACCCCCCGUUUGGUUCGUUCAGGUGGAGACCGGCUUGUUCUGCAGUCUCAUGAGGAGCCUGCCUGAACAGAAAUGGCUCAUCUGUGAGCGACAUCUCGUGAUACUGUUGUCCACGAUUAGCGACGACGGCCAUUCGCAAUGGGAUAGGUCCUUGGUUUUGAUAUCGAAGUUGUACUCACCAGCCUUGAACUGAGCAAUAGCUGUUGUCAAUAAAAUAACCUGGUUUGGGUGGUGAUGAAGCUUCAUGAAGCACUGUGUUUCUGAGAACCCACUGGAUGGCGCUGUCCACUUUUAAAUCUUUAGCUUCAAACAACUAUUUCACUUUAAAGCCAGCAGCUGAGCUGUGAAAAUGAGGACACUGUUUCAUGAAGCCUCAUCACUAGUACUGGGACUUGUGAUAGACUAGUGAUGGACCUGUGAUGCUUCAUGAAACAAUGUCCACAUUUUCACUCUCUGCUUUAAAAUGUUUGACUUCAAACAGCCAUGUCAAUGAAGCCUAGCAUCUUCAAUUCUUCAAACCAACAUACUAUGUUCUGAAAAUGAGGACACUGUUUCAUGAAGCCUCAUCACUAGAACUAGGUUUUGGGCCUGACAUGUCUCAUCAGAGACACCAGUGGAGAGUUCUGUGGGUGCAUCUUCCAUGUCUAUGAGCAACGGUGGCAGAAUUAUCCGACCAGUUAGUUCAAGUUAGAGCCCGUUUAGUCGGGAUGGAAAACCCUUGUCUUGGUGAGAGGACUUGAAUAGCAAUACUCUUGGUGUGAAUAACGCGCAGACGUUAUUCCAGACAGAAGGAUUUAGGUUAUUGAUAUAUUUGGGCUCAAAACAAUGGGCUUAAACCGAAUGUGACAUGUGUCGUGAUGGCUCUUGAUGACAAUAGACUUUAUCCCCCGGGAAGAUUGUCAUAAGUUGCAGGCCUUGAGAGAGAAUCAAUGGCGACUACAAGACAUAUUACCCAUUAUUACAUUAGUCUUCUGAAAAUGAAAUUAUUACUCCAAUACUGGCUAUUAAUGAAACUCACCUGUGGCAAUGUAGAAACAGUCAAAUUGACAACAGACUGAUCGACGAUAACUCCAGCAGCUCCCACACUCUUUUAAGGCCAAAAGCAAGACAGAAACUAUGUAGUUAAGUAGUGUAAAUUACAUGUUAUUACUCAUGACAAUACUGCAACUUGGCUGGAUCCAAAGUGGCAUCCAUUAACAUAGGUCUGGUCGAGUGUAGUGCAGUACAGUUUCGAGUUAUUCCGGCUUCCAACAUGGCACUGAGUGUCAGUGGUGUCAUUGCAGUAGCAACUGUGUGGCGCCGGUUCUGUUGUUCAUCACUGUGUGGCAGCACACCAUCAUGGAGGAAGAGAAUUUAUUCGGAGAGUCCUGCUAAUCCGCUUUGCUCAUGACAUGGAGAUUCUCUUUAUUGUCCGCAAUAACUUAAAGAAUCCUCACUGGCUUCAAUUCCUCCGCCAGCGUGCGGUGAGGCUGAGGCACCAGGCCCCACUGCUGGAUGGCAAAUGAAGAGAGUUACAGAUGCACAUGAGAGGUUUUGGCCGAGCGCCGAUGACGGUGCGAGGUGACAGCCAGGGUUCCAUUGUGAUGGAGGUGAUGGAGGAAGUGAUUGACUGACAGCGCCUCCAUUGCCUUGACACUUCCAGUCGGGCUGUUAUUUUAGUUUGGGAGGGUAGGAAUCUUGUCUGUUGAGAAAAUGUCUGUUCUACUUUGCAUCAUUGCUGGAGUGACAGAUGCCCCAGGACAUGUUUAUUCUUUCAAAUGUGUAACGACAACGAACAUUACUGUAUAUUUGAGGAUUUUGAUACUAAUAAA